CUCCUCCGGCCCCCUACACCCCCUCCCUAUCUCCGUCACCUCCUCCGGCCCCCUACACCCCCUCCCUAGCUCCGGCACCUCCUCCAUCCCCCGACACCCCCUCCUUAUCUCUGUCACCUCCAUCCCCUUACUCCCCCUGCCCAUCUUUGUCACACACCAACAGCGCCCCACUGCCUCGGCACUGACCCUCCGACAGCGCCGGCUCCCUCGGCGCCGACCGUCCGUGCAGUACGAUGAUGGGUGCCCGUGCUGGGAGUGGGUCGGGGGAGGUCCUGGUCCCAGCCGAGGUAUGGGAUACCCUAAGGGCAGACCCCCGUCUGCAUGAGUUUGAGGUGAGCUACGACGUGGAGGUGAGUCAGCGCCAGGGGUCAGACCCUCACCGGGGGGUGUCUACCGUCUGCCUGAGCCCCCGUCAGCCCAGCCCCUGGCACUGGUUGGCACGGGCUAGGGAAGAGUUUAUCCGUCUGUGCGGGUCCGUGCUCCCACGCCACUCCCCCCAACCCUCCGUCCCCCGGAGUCUGUCCCCCGCUCCCUACCGUGACCCCUGCCCCAUAUGCCUGGGGGAGAUGACUGAGGCCAGGACCCUCGAUGGCUGUGGACAUUCCUUCUGCCCUCCCUGCAUCCAAGGGGCAUUCCAGGUCCGCCCCGUCUGCCCCGUCUGCGGCUUCAUCUACGGCGUUGUCACCGGUGACCAGCCACUUGGUGGCUCGAUGUCAUCUGCCAAGCAGCAGGGACUCCAGCUGCCCGGGUACGAGGGCUCAGGCAGCAUCCAGAUCACCUACACCAUCCCAAGUGGCAUUCAGGGGCCAGAACACCCAAACCCAGGCCAGGCGUACCGAGGGACAACGAGAGUGGCUUACCUCCCCGACUGUAGCGAGGGCCGCAAGGUGUACCAGCUGCUGAAGAAAGCGUUCGAUCAGAGGCUGAUCUUCACCGUGGGGACGUCUCGGACGACUGGCCAGUCAAACGUGGUCACUUGGAAUGACAUUCACCACAAAACCAGCCCCUGGGGUGGGCCUGAGCGCUUCGGUUACCCCGACCCCUCGUACCUCGAGCGAGUGCAGCAGGAGUUGGCAGCCAAAGGCAUUACAGCGGACUAGCAGAGCCGGAGAGAACAGAUACGCUGACGGUGGGGGAGGGGAGGGGUGCAGUUUUGAGUCACCCACUUCGCUGAGGCAGUCUGGGUUCACAUGGUGGCUCGUAUGUCGGGGUGUAUGUGUUAGAAAGUGAAAAGACUUUCUUAUUUCUUUCUCAUUCGUUGUGGAUGUGAAAAUCUUGUGAGCACAGUUUACACAGCUGUAGGUUCCAGCAGAGAGGAACUGUGUCCCGAUUGGUUGGCCGCAAGUCGCUGAUUGGUCUAUGGGCUGGUGACCCAUUGUCUGUAACGGGGUACUUCUGCCUGCCAACAGCUACGUGAUUGGUUCUGAAGUUGCUGGACAGCUUGGAGCUGCGAACAAGACUACAACCAGCUGUCUCUCUGUUCUCUGCAGUAAAAGCCACUUCCAACAUGGAGAGGAACAGAUUCUCUUUCCUCCAGCAUUUGCUGAAAGCUGUGACUUUUUAAUCAAAAAAUCAGAGACUUAUUUUCUCCAUGAACUGGUCACCCUGUGCCUGCUGCAAACCGGCAGCAACAUCCGGACAACGAAGAUUCUGGAACAGAUCAGCACAAGAACCGUCUCAGCAAAUUCUGUGACCAGGGAGCACGGAACCACUUUCUCCGUUUUCCCUUCUGUCCGUAUCACCCGUGUUUUAUUUUGCUGUCUCUAUGUGAGAGUAUGGUAGGGGGACAUGAUGAGGGGAAUUUGAGUUUUAGUUGGUGGAGAUGUAACCUGAUGCUAUGUAACCAUUUACCUGUUGUCAGAGUCUAAUUACUGGGAAUAAAUAGUAAUUCUAGUUAAGUAGA